AUGGCUGAGGAGAACAAAAAACGGUUCAAGCCUGCUGAAAAGAAAGUGAGACCCGAUGCUAUCGCAUUCAUGAAAAUGCCAGAGCGUGACAAAAGGUCCUCUCACUACAACUUACGUGCAAAGUCUAAACUCCGGGGACACAGUAGGUACGUAUGA